UAGAGAUUAAGAAGUUAACCUAGAAGGGAGAAGUUAGUACCGCUCGCUAAGUUUCCGUUUAGGUUGUUCAUGACUUGAGUGAGUAAUCAUGGAGUCUCUGUCGAAACAGGAGUUGAUUUCAACGAUUACGAAGCAAGCAGACCAAAUUAAGCGCUAUGAGUCCAGACUUAGAGAUGUUGUGGCAGCAUAUAAAGGGUUGGCUAAAGAGAAGGAAGCACUGGAGACCAGUCUCAAGGCUUUAAACAAAACAGAAAAUGCAGCAGAAGGAGUUACAGAUGAUUCAGUGGCCGCCCUGACUGAGUCCUUGUCCACGCUGGCUGCGGAGAAGUCCCGGAUGGAGGAAGCAUUCCAAGGUGACAAGAAAGUCACAAGGGAAAAGUAUGAAAACAUGUUGUCUGCAAUGCGAGAGGAAACCAAAGCGAUGAUACAGCAACAUCAGGUUGAAGUCAACAAUCUAAAGGCUAAGAUAGCCUACGAGAUACAAGAGCGAGAGAAUGAGAGGGCAGAUCAUGCAGCCAUGUUGAAGGAACUUCACUUGAAACUAAAUUCGGAAAGGAAAACAAAGGAAAAGUUGGAAGACAAAGUUGGACAGUCAACGGAGGCUCAAUCGUCCCAAGCGGAGCUAGAAAAGCGUGUGCGCGACCUGAGCAGCUCUCUAGAGGCUGCACAACGACGCUUACAACGCGCAGAGGCCCGCACCGUCGAGACUCCGGCUUUACUCGUGCGGCUGCAGAAUAAGUUGGCGUUGGUCGAGCAGAGCCACUCCGUCGCCAUCAGAGAGGAGCAAAUAAAAGUGAAACGCGCCGAAGAAUCGGCCCGCAAGAUCUGCGCUCGCCAAGAAGAACGAGUCGCCCUUCUAGAAGGAAGGGUGGCAGAACUGUCGGCCACCGUCGGAGAGUAUGAUGUCAGGAGGCGGAGGGACCAGCGGCUCAUCCAGUCACUCCAGGAUGCCAUGAACGGCAGGCUGGCGGACAUCAGCGUGCAGCAGGAACCUCAACAAAAGAGCGAGACGGACAACGAAAAACUAGCAGACAGCGAAUACCUCCAAACGCUAAUAGACAAAAUACACAUCCUAAAAAAGGAACUCAUCUCCGAAAACGAAAAACUCGGGAGCCCGAUCGACUUGACCGGCAUCUUCAAAAUGGCCGCCUACGAAAACGUUCACACCAAGUGUAUUGAUCAAUAUGAGAAUUUGAAAAUGGAAUUCGAGAAGUACAAAGCGGAGAAUGUAAAGAAGGAGGAGGCGGAUGUGAAGAGCGAGAUGGAGAGGUUGAAGAGCGAGAGGGCGUUACUGAAGGAGAAAUUGGAGACUUACGGCAUGAUGCUGGAGGACGAGCGGCAGGACAAGGCGGAGGCCGUUAAAGCUGGUGAAGAGAAAUUAAAGUCUCAACAAGACUACCACAAAGAGAUAGUGUCAGACCUGCGCGCGCGCAUCCAGAGCCUCGAGAAACAAGUGGUCACCCAGCGAGACCGAUACGCCGCCCUACUGGACGAAACCGACCAAUACAUACGAGCCAAGAACGAUAGGUCGAGGAAAGUCAGCGUCGAGAACUAUAAGGAAGGACACGGCUUGCUUACUGACGUGACGGCGCCGCCGCACAUGCUGCACUACGCGCACGAGCUGGCGAGGAAGGACCUGGACAUCUCGCAGCUGCGCAAGGAGAAACACAUACUCGAGGGACAGUUCCGAGAUCACCAGCGUGACGCGACCAUAGAGAAGGAGCGAUUCAAAGAAGUCAUCAGAACACUCAAGGAAGAAAUAGACAGGCUGCGAAGAAGCCAGUCCCGCGAAGGCGCCAACCUGGAAUACCUGAAGAACGUGGUGAUGGCGUACCUGCUGUCCACGGACUACGCCGGGCGGCGGCACAUGCUCAACGCCAUCGCUGCCGUGCUACACUUCACCACCCGAGAGAAGGACACGGUCAUAUCUACAUUAUAA